AUGAUGGAGUUGUUCAGCUUUAUGGACGAUUUAAAGCGUAUGGAUAAACGACAAGGAAUUUAUCAAAUACUAAAUUUUGGAAUGAUCAUUUCAACAGCACUAAUGAUUUGGAAAGGUUUAAUGGUGUUAACUGGUAGUGAAAGUCCAAUUGUUGUUGUAUUAAGUGGAAGUAUGGAGCCUGCGUUUCAUCGUGGAGAUUUAUUAUUGUUAACCAAUUAUCGUGAAGAACCAAUACGUGCUGGUGAUAUUGUUGUAUUUAGAAUUGAAGGACGCGAUAUUCCCAUUGUACAUCGAGUGAUUAAAGUUCAUGAAAAAGAGGAUGGUUAUGUAAAAUUUUUAACAAAAGGUGAUAAUAAUCAGGUAGAUGAUCGUGGUCUCUACAGUCCUGGUCAGUUAUGGUUAGAAAAAAAAGAUGUCGUUGGAAGAGCAAGAGGAUUUUUACCAUAUAUCGGCAUGGUUACCAUAUUAAUGAAUGAUUAUCCAAAACUGAAGUAUGUGGUUUUGGCAACAUUAGGCUUUUUUGUACUUGUGCAUCGCGAGAAUUAG